AUGGAGCUUGGCUUGGCGGGUGGGAAACUAAACAGUGUCGCCUAUUUUUCUAGGGUACACACAUAUUCGGCGGAAGGCAGAACUUGGAGUGCUUGGAGCGUCCAGCUAGACGCACCUAGGUGUCCCUGUUCCCUCGCGUUAGGAAAUCUGAGGGGUGGUGCGCUCAUAAAAGGUGCAAGCUUUUGUGUAAAACGCUCAGUAACUUUUGAUAUCGUGUGUUUUGAGUGUCUCCUCACAGAGAUCCUAGAUGGAGCGUUACAGCUACCACAUCAUGUUGACGACCCGGUCGUUUUCAACACAAAGGCCUUUCCCCGCCGCCUUCGCGCCUCCGCCUUGGCUGAGGCACUGGGAACAUGUCUCACGGCCUCACCCUCCCUACGUUUGCCGCAUCAAGACAACACUAAGCGUGUUCCUUUCUGCAGCCGUCGCUCCAAGCCGCACCUUCCUGUGGCGCCAUCAACUACGCCGGACUCUCGUCGACCCCUCUGUAUUACGCAGGCCCCCGUCCUCGCCUUCUCGCCGAGGCUCGCGCAUGCGUCUCGAGAUACCUUCGUUCACGGUGAGCCUCUUCACAGCACGACCCCUAGUGCUACUGCCUAUGAGCAGAGGCCCCUUACCAGGGCUCUCGAGGGCCUCCACUGGAGUGCGCAGGAGAUGGGGACAACUCCCUGGCACCUUCAGGAGGCUGAAAAUCCUGCUGAAAGCUCAAGGCCAGCCUCUUCUAUCGCAAGGGCAGCACCAGCAUCACCGCCGUCGGAAGAAGCGGAUCCCCAGGGAGAGCUGCACAGGCAGCCCGCACGCAUCACCCCUUCCCUCCUCAGCGGGAGAACCUUUACGGCACAGCAACAACGGCUUCAAGCGCAACUUUGCGAGCGACUCUUGCUAACCCUGAAGACAAGCCCGCAUGAAGGCCAACACCAGCAGCAGUCCCACCAACCCCAGAGGCUCCAUGUUUCGCUCUGGUCGCUUUCGCAACGGGCGACAUCUUCAGCAAAUGCCGGAGAUGCCAGGACCGCCACGUCUGCAGUUGUCUCGUUUCUCAAGGAUUUCGGAGAUUUCGCAAGCGGCCUUACCACCCCCCGGCUAGCUCAAGAGGCCCCCCCCGCAGAGGAGGAGGCCACAGGCCCCCGUGCUGCCCUUGCAGCUUUAUCUGAAUACUGCCGCAGCACAACAACGGCAAACUGCGCAGAGCUCUUGGUGCAGCGUCAGGUGGUCAGCGUGGUAUCUGCUUGCUUCCGGCAGUAUCCGCAGCUGGGGGCCUCACGGGGGGGAGCUAUCAGGGAGGCCCUCGCUAUUGCUGCUGCUGCAACCGUCACCUUACACCGCUUCCUUGGAUCCGAACCCAGGCCUAAAACGGAGAGAGGGCUUCAACGCCAUCUGAGACAGCAGCAGCAGCACCAGCAGCACCAGCAGCACCAGCAGCAAGUUCUUGCCCGAAGCCUGGCAGCCACGCAGCCAAAGCAUGUCACACUCAUCAGAUCCCUCCUCCUCUCAAUUCACACCCUUUUGAGCGAUCUCUCCAGAGCACGCAUCGCCGCGGAUGCGUCUAACAGGCAACUGCCCGCCUCCUCCACGCUCCAUCCGGAAACAGUAGGAGAACUCAGCAUCGAUCUGCUGCUGCUGCUGCUUCCCCUGACCCUCGCACAGCCGCAUGCUGCUGAAGGACAGCAGCAGACCCCGCAGCAGACGCGGAUUCCACUGACAGCAGCCGGCUGGAUACCUUCUGGAGAGCUGACAACGGACUUUGCUUCGACGCAGGAAAGCGAGGUGGAUGCAAAUUGGAGGCAGUCCUCGUCCCCAAGCGGCCUUAGACCCUCUGCAGCGCUCAGCUGGCGGAGCAGAUCUCAGGAAAACGCUCCUCCCUUCCCGCUACCAGGCCCCGCCUCGCCAGCUGCUGGUCGUGCAGGGGCAGCGGCAGCACCAGUGGCGCAGGAUCGAAGGCAUCCUGUUCGAGCCGAAUGCCUCCGAUGUGUAGAGGCGCUACUGCGGCUAUGCGGGAGAGAGCUUUUCCCUUACUGGAGCUUGCUCCUGCAGUUGAGAGAGCUCCGCUACCCCCAGCUGAGGCCUCUGCCGCAAGACUGCGCUUGCCUCUUGGGGGUUUCAAGCACAGGCCCUCAAGCCUCAGUCACCGCUAGAAGCUCCGAAAGAUGCUUGCCCCCUUCCGCACCAUCGCAGACAGCUCUCGCGGAGCCGUGGCUGUGGGCUCUGCUAGGCACUCAGCAGCAGGAGCAGCAGGAGCUGCCAUGGGCCUUUCUUGCAACCGCCUACGAAAGCCCUAAGGUGAGUCUUUCCUCCUCCUGCCGUGGGUGCCACACAAGGCAACUUCACGCGUCUGCCCCCCACACGAAGAAGAACAACCGAGGCUUGAGUUGGUGGGGCUUUUUCUUGCAACCUCCUUGCGCUGCCGCCUCCCCUGGUGGCCGUCUCCCCAAAGAUUUUGCAAUCUACGCUUUCGCCUCAGAACUGCGGCUGUGCUCUCAGGUCUGCAAGGCAGUCCUCGGCUGUUUGUGUGCCUUACUGGAGGCCCCUCCCCUACGGCAGUGGCCGGCAGCAGUUCCCACAACAUGCAUGCGCUGCGAGCCGAAGGCUUUGGUGAUGCCUUCAUCGACUUGGGAACGCCUUGUGGGGCCUUUAGGCUUCCGAAAAACCUCCCUCCACGACUGCAACACGCCGGAAGGAGGGCUCCCGCACAGCGCGAGAUGCCCUUCAUUGACCACUCGACAACGUUUGGGGGCAACUGGGGCAUACACUUCCUUUUCCAGGACCGUCUCGCAAGUAUCUCGCUGUGCAGUGACAGCUCUUUUCUCGAUUAUUUGCUGCUAUCUUUCGGGGGGCGAAGCCGCCGCCCUCAGGCGGCCUCCCGCUGUAGCUGGACAGGAAAAUAGAAGUGCUCCUUUCCUUCGACACGCAGGCAGCACUUUUUCUCCAGCUCCGCCUGCAGCAGCAGCAGCAAGUGCGGGUACUCUGGCAGCGAUGUCUCUCAGAAUCCUUGCCGAAGCCCUACCUGCGCUACCAGCCGGAAUUUUACAGCCGGGAGUUGUUGCUGCUGCGAUCCGCGUUGUUCAUCCUGUGCUGUUGGUAUUGGUCCAGGCCCUCGAACUGCUGCUGCAACCCCUACCGGAGCGGCAGAAAGAGGCCCUCUGCUGCUUCUGUGGUGGCGAAGGCAAGGCGGAUAGCUCGGCACACGACUGGUCCUGCCUCGCUGCAGCUGCGACAUCUGUUAGUGCGCGACAGCACGAGAGACAAGCAGCAGCCUCAGCAGCAGCAGCAGCUGCGCAGGGCUGGGGUAUCCGAACGCAGGCUUUGUGCGAGUCCAACACGAUUGGGCGAGCCGUGUCACGGCAGGAAAAGCCUAGUUGCCCGCAACGCGGCCCUUAUAAAACUGGAAACUAUGAGGCGUUUGCUGCCCACGUGGUAGCAAGAGGCCCCAGUGCUUUGAGGUUGGCAGGACCUUCCCUAUCCAUGCUCGCGGCGGUGAUUGGGGGCAAGCAGCGGCAGCCGCAAAUAGCGGAGGCUCUACUCCUUCCUGUCAGCGGAGAAGCGUCUUUGAUUGGCGAUUCUUCCUGCCUUGCGGCCCUUCUAUGCCAGGCUCUGCAGGCCCUUACCACGCAUUGGGGAACUCCCUUGGGUGGUUCUGCCGAUGGCGAGAAACUGCCUGAGACUCCGCCUCCUAGAAGGUCUCCUCGCGCCACCCUUAGAGUUCCUGGCAGCAGAGACACGGACUCCCAGGGGGUAUCUACAGCCCGCGAAAGCGAGGCCUCAUGCGGAGGAUGCACAGCACCAGGGAAUAGAGGAGGGCAGGGCAGGGAACGGGGCGAAGGCCUCAAGAAAAUCUGCAGCGCUUGUGAGCGUCACGGCCUCCUUCUCAUAGACGGGUUCUUCUCUGUGCUGCAGGCUGUGGCUAAGCGAUACCCCCAAUUGCUGCUGCUGCUUGUGCUGCCGCACUGCGGCCUGCCCGCAUACGCAGACACUGGGGGCAGUGAAACCCACCAAGGGCUCCAUCGCAAGGAAUACUCUCAGAAACAGGGAGGUGCUUUCCUCGAAAUGAUCCGAUCCGUUCCCCAGUCCCCCAAUCAAAAUGCCCGGUGCAAGGGAUUAGCCAUUGCAGUAGAGAUUUUGGCACCGUCGAGGGCCUCUGCAUCUGGCAAAUUCCAGGAGGAAGGGCGUAGGGGAUCGAGGCCCCCUCAGGCUUGCGGCUUGUCUGCCGCUGCUGCCACAAAGGAACCUCCAGGACCUCUUUCCGAUGACGCUAUGCUUCAUGCUCCUCGUGCGUGCCUCGUUCACCUGCUGCAUUCGCUGCUUAUUGUCCCUUUGCUGGAGGGAGGCUCGCACGCGGCUUGCUCUGUUGCUGCUCCAGCCGCCGUGCAGACGGGGGAGCAGCAGCAACCCCCUGGAGAGCUUCGCAGCGAGAGUCCCCCUCCAGAGGAACUGAGUAGCGCCUGUUUGUUUCUGAGCCAGCUUACUCAUGAGGAGUGGAAACGGCAUUGCUUAGACACUCAGCCUCUUUUAAAGGCCCUCGGGAAGCUUGCACUGCCCCCGAACCACCGCAGUGUGCGGCUGGCAGCUGCCAGCGCUCUUGGGGCCUUCUCUGUGCAUGCCCUGCAGAGGGAGCAGCAACAGAAGCAAAGAGCUUCGGGAGCAGCAGCAGCAUCUUAUGGGGACCUCACUACGGCCCAGUCCCCAGAGGCCUUGCAGGGAGGCUCGGCUCUCAGGGUUGCUGUUUCGUUGCUGUUGUUGCAGCUGAGAGACCCCCUACCUGACGUGCGCACGGCAGCUCUCUCUGCACUUUGCGAAGCGGCAGGCUCACAGCAGCAGCAGGAAGCAGCCUCUUUUUACUUGGUAGCUGCCCAUACAGACAGCCUGUGGGUAGAAGCCCUUGAGGCAAUCAACGACUUGCUGCAUGCAGAGGACAAGUCCGCCGUAGCUGCUGUGGGGUUAAGGGCGGUGGGUGCAGUGGCACCUUUGCUGCUGCAGUCCACCAGCCUUUCUAUGUCCUCCUCCUCCACCCCCCGUGCGGCUCGAAUGCAGGUGGAGGCUUCACAGCAUCCAUGUGGGUUCAAAGCAGAGCGAGACACCGCAGAAGGUGAAGUACCGUCAUCAGAAGCAGAGGACUCGGUGCAAAGGCAGGGGGCCGAGGCAGAACUCCUUGCGUGCUGCCCGUUGCAAGAGGUUUGCCGCUCCUUGGGUUUGCUGGAAAGCGUACUGCGGUCUUCUGGGGGGCUAGGAGAGGACAGGCCAGAGAAAGAAGCUGGCAGGGGAGACUUACAUACCUCAGCAGAGACGCCUGCAGGACUCAAGCAGCUAAAGUUGCACUGGAACGCCUGCCACAGCAUUCGCUUGAUCUUCUCCUCUGCGGGAGCUUCGUGUCUCUUGUGCUGCAGGUUGCUGCGCGCCUUGUGGAUGGGGACCUGUGGCUGUCUAAGGGCCUCCCAGCUGACAAAAGUCCGCUGCCAUGCAGCGGCGGCAUUGACGGCAAUCGUGAAGCUCAUGAAGUGGCAAUCCUCAAAAGGGGCCUCUGCUCAGGGCUUCCGCCCGCCGGGGUCCCCCAUACAGCAGCUGCAAUGCGCAGUGUGCACCGCACCGCUGCUCACUGAGGCGUGGGACGCAAUCGCAGCAGCUAAUGCAAAGGCAGCAGGCCUUUCUGCCUCCAGCGAACAUGAGGAACACCCGGGGGCGCGCGCAGCUUUGAAUCGUUAUAAGGAAUCUUUGCGCUGCAACCUAGAGUGUUUAAUUGGCUGUGGCCUUCUGCUGCACUCCCAAGAGCUUCUGAAUGCCGCGCAGGGCUCUUGGAAGUAUCUACAGGAACCUCUACAGGCCGAACCACUAAGGUUGGUGGCUGGAAAAGAGCCAGCGGGCGUUAGUAACCCGAAAAUUCCACUGUGGGCUCUGCACUGCGAUAAAUGUGCAAGGGAUAGGAUCUUCUGUCCAGAAGCUGUUUUUAAGGCCCUGAAGCAGGCCAUGGAAGUAGCGCUGAAAACCUGCACUUUUGUGGAGGCAACUCAGCCCCCAGGCAUAACUGGCUGCAGCUAA